AUGGCGGAAUGUGUGACUUCCCCAUUCUGCUUUAAGCUCUAUACGCAGAGAAGGCCUUUUACAGAAAGAGGAGGCUUCUCUCAUCAGACAAUAAAUUUCAAGACUGUUCAAAGAAAGUAUUCCAGAAAUGGAUGUGAAUGUUUCCACUUCUCAACACAGAAAACAUACGAGCCAAGUGUAUUUAGGGCUCCAGAUUUAAAAAUGACUCACUCUCUUCGGACAUUCCCUUUAAAUUGCAAUGGCAUAGGAGCUUUGGUUGACUUUGAUGGUUCAACAGCCUCUAGUUUGGUGCCUGUUGUUAAUCAGGUUCUUUUGAUGGGAAGUAUAUUGCUCACUUAUAUGGCCGGAGUAAUUCCUAUUAACAAAUCUUAUACCAGUGAUCAAAAGAGUAAUUCUAUUAAAAAUGCGUUAGGUGAGAGCUCAGACAUUUCUGGUAGUGCAAUGAAGCAAAAUGAUCUAGUUGAGUCAAAUUAUGUAUUAGAUGUGGUGAGAGAAAAACUUUUGAAUUCACUAAAGGCAUUAGAGAAUGAGGCUUAUGCGGGGGACACCAUCCUUCAAUAUGCAAAAAAACCCUUGAGUUUAAAUGCGGUGGCCGAGGGUCCAAAGUUAAGAUUACUUUGGGCUGCUUUUCUGCAAAUCGAGGAAGAGGCAGGGAUUGUUAAUAAUAACUCAAGCGUUUCCAUAUCUGUUGGUACGGAUGAUCUUUUCAAAGUUUUUUCUGAAGUUAUUCAAAGAUCAUGUCAUUCUAUCUGUGCUAAAUGGCUGGAAAAGGAGUUUUUCCUCGUAAAAGGCAACACUGACAAGGAUAGGGAAACCUGGUAUUAUAAAGCUCCUUCACCUGAUGUGAUCAGUAGAAGGUCAAACCCAUUGUAG